AUGGCUGUCAAUGAAGUCAAGAUCAAGGUCAAGAUCAAGGUGGUUUAUUGUCGUUCCUGAGGAUACAGUUCCAGGUUUCAGCAGCUGAAGAUGGACCUCGAAAAAGAGUUUCCGGACCAGCUGGAAAUUACUGGAGAAGGGACGCCUAAUGUCACAGGAUGGUUCGAAGUGACAGUGGCAGGAAAGCUGGUGCACUCCAAAAAGAAUGGAGAUGAGUUUGUGGAUAAUGACACCAAACGCAGCAAAAUAACAACGGCCAUCAAAGAAGCUUUAACCUCACCAAAAAAAGAAGAGACUUCAACGUCACCAAAAAAAGAAGCUUUAACCUCACCAAAAAAAGAAGAGCCUUCAACGUCACCAAAAAAAGAAGAUUCAACUCCACCAAAAAAAGCUUCAAAAUAA